AUGGCAACCAGCCUCCGCCGUCACGGCCCCAAAGUGACUGAACACGGUCCAGAGAACAUAGAAGAGGUGGUACAGAAAACUAUAGUGUCCUACGCAACACGAGCGCUCGUGCCAUACAGAAGGGAUGAAGAACAACCGGAUUUACGUGGAGGCCAGGCUACCGUGUUCAAAGCAACUAGAACGUUACCAUCGCGCGGACUUCGACGCAAGGUUGAGACUUUCGCAAUUAAAGAAAUAUAUAUCGGAGACAGAAGAGCCCGGCGUCAGCUGCACAAAGAGAUCGAACACCUUCGGCUUUGUCAACACCCAAACGCACUCCAGCUGAAAGAGGUAUACGUGAUUGAGCAAGAAGGGUGGACGGACAGAACAUUUCUUGUGACCCAACCAUGGGCGCAAGCAUCACUACAAAAACUACUUGAAGAUAUAGCAAAUUCUCGCGAUGGCAUGAGCCGACAUUGCUCAUGGUACAAACCCCACAGUCUUGACCCUUGGCCGAGUAUCGUUCGGGAAUGCGUUCUCGGGCUCGAGCAUUUACAUAACAAUAAGAUUCGACACAAAGAUUUGAAACCAGACAAUAUUCUUCUCGUCGAUGAGUCGGAUGGUGCUUCUCUGGACCCCAAAGUCCGUGUCGUAAUUGCGGAUCUAGGAAUAAGCAAAGGAUACGUGGAAGCCGAGAAUACCACUUUCAAUGGCACAGAGCAAUAUCUCGCCCCCGAACAAAAAGCUCAAGCAUCGAGUACUUAUCAUUCCGACAUUUUCUCACUCGUUGGUUUCUCCUAUAGCUUCAAGGAGGUGCCCCCUCUCUUGAAACAAUUACGCCAAACUCAUGAAGGUACUAAGCAACCAGAGAUGGUCGGGUUUCUCGUUACUCUGGAGGACAUCAUUAUAUCUACACUGCUCAAAGAGCCCGAUGAGAGACUAAGCCUGCAAUCGUCUUUCAUGAUACUCGAUCUGUGCAUCACUAGCGGCAAUCACACUCAAGUCCUGGAAAUCGAUUUCUCUUCUGUCACAAAUGACGCAGAAGCUUUCGACCUCAUCCGAGAACACUGUUCAAAAGCUACCUGUUACUACAGCCUGGAUUGGCUUCGGUGGCCCGAAGAAGCCAACUUAAUAAAAUUCUCGUCAACGAAUGCAUUUGAGGUGCUCGAAUGCUCAUCCACAGCUUCAAGAACUAGCUUACAAGCCGGGGGGUACUACGAAGAUUCUGCGAGGACAGAGUGUUUUCGUGGUAGUCUUUUCAUAAGAUACUUUUGGAACCCAUUGGUGCCUAAGCCUAUUUCAACAGGCAGGCAAUCUGAGAAACUUCCCAAACGACGUGUAAUUAUCCAUCAUCACAGGGACGGAUCACACACAGUCUCGACUAUCCAGGAUCCUCGCUGGGGUGUUCAGAUUGUCAAAACAUUCCCCUUCAGUAUUUACUUGGUCACAGUGACUUUCACUUUGGCUCUAUUCUUGGUUGGAUACUUGUUUUACUCGGAUCAGGUCCAGAGGCAAGCAACUUUAAACAUGGAGCAAGGCACGCGAUGGGAAUCGAACACGAGCUACCAUGCCGAUGACCUAGGGCGAGGAAGGUACAGCGCAGAGCAAGACAAACUUACUCCAUGUGGUUUUGUUCCGGUACACUGCAUACAGUGUCGGACAAUCAACGGCUAUGGCCGGCUAGCAGGGCCGGGAUCGCUUCAGUGGAUGAGGCAAGCUCCAUGUCAUUGUUAUUGUAUUCUCUGCAGUUGA